AACUAAAAUAGACGAACGUUUUGGAACUUGAGACACGAAGAAUCUUGAGAUACCCGUACCAUCUGUCUUAUUCUCACAGACAACGUACUUUGACAUAGUUACGUUAUUAACAUAGUUGAUCGGCUUGCUACCAAGUAAUUAAGACUUCACUCGACUCACCAAUCUCUGUGGUAUAGACGUGUUUGUGACCAUAUUAGAACGAUGGCUCAUCUCGCCUGUGUUGCCUCUUUGUUGGUCGUUAUCUUGACCACUGCGUCUAGUGGUGAGUACAACAUGCCAGUCGAAUGACAGAGGUCAACAACGAGAGGCGUUUAAAAUAGGGUUGAAAGGGGUAAAAUGUAUUGUGUAAAGUUAGCUCAACAUUUAAUAAGUGAAGAGACUUUUGUUUAAAAAAACAAGUCGUGUUAUUGUUAGAUGUGUCAGACGAGGAAAUGAAAGGGAGGGAAGUCAGUCAUGUUUAUAACGUCCCUUUUAUCUUUUCUUUUACGUAUAUUUUUCAUUGGUUCUUUUGUUUGUCCGUCGACGAAGACUGUCUUAUGAAAGAAAGCAAACAUCGUUUUUAUUUAUCUCCAGAAAUACUCCAGGAAACAUAAUUCAAAUCGAACGCUCUAAUAAUUAAACAUUUCGUCAAUUUAAAAGCUGAAUUUAAACCUCGCAUGUUUUCCCAAUAAUUCCAUUAGUAAAAAACAUUGAAAUUCGCAGCUGUCAUCUGGGAUCCUUGUGGAAAUUUCAAUUGUCAGAAUGGAGGCAGCUGCACUGCACCAGCCGAUGCCCCCUAUUGUCUGUGUCCAAAUGGUUUCACUGGCACACACUGUCAGCUAAAAGCCCAAUUUGUUGGUAAGUAAUUUAACACCUCCAAAUCACGAGAUCUUCUAGAACCUAGAGAGACAUUAUCACAUGUCAAAUGGCCAGGUCCUGUCUUGGCAAUACGUACGUUAUCCUUUUGACUCAUACGUUUCCACACUAUCCAAUGGAGAGAGUAGAAUUAUUUAAGCGGUAUAACACAAAAAGAGAAGAGUUUUGGUAGAAUUAUUAGGAUUAUAGAAAAUGUUUAGUGACAAAAAUAAUAAUAAAAGGAAUAACGCAAAUUAAUUCAAAGUUAACGUGUCACAUAUUCAGAGACACAAAGAAUGAAAAUUUAAUGGUUAAAAUUGAUGUUUUAGUCAAUUGAAUAAGCAAUUUAAUUAUUACAAUUCAAAUGAAAGUUUAAAAAAAAAUGUAAGUUAAGAAACGCAUUUGAAGGGAUGUCAUGUUGCUUAACCAAUUUUUCCCACCCUUCCUUUUCCCGUCUCGCAUAGUCAAAAAGAAUUGAUACUUUGCCCCCCCCCCCUUUUCCUCUCUCUACUGGCGUGGCAUGGUAUUUGGGUGGUCCCUAAGUCAUCAUUACAAAGAUUUUGAUUUGCAUUUGAAUUUAUUUGGAUCUGGCAUUGGUUUAUCGAUCCACGUGUGCAAUAGAAGCCAGUAGAAGCCAACACAAUCCAAUACAAGACAACAGAAGUCAGUGUAAGCAAACAGAAGCCAAUUGAAGCCAAUACAAGUCAAUAGAAGGCAAUUGAAGCCAAUACAAGCAAAUAGAAGCCAAUACAAGACAAUAGAAGACAAUUGAAGCCACUACAAGCCAAUACAAGCCAAUACAAGCCAAUAGAAGGCAAUUGAAGCCAAUGCAAGCCAAUGCAAGACAAUAUAAGCCAAUAAAAAAAAAAUAGAAGGCAACUGAAGCCAAUACAAGAGAAUAGAAGCAAACUGAAGCCAAUACAAGACAACAGAAGCCAAUUGAAGCCAAUACAAGACAGUAGAAGCCAAUACAAAGGAAUAUAAGCCAGUAAAAACCAUAGAAGCCAAUUGAAGGCAAUACAAUCCAAUAUAAGCCAAUAAAAGACAAUAGAAGCCAAUUGAAGCCAAUACAAGCCAAUAUAAGCAAAUAAAAGACAAUAGAAGCCAAUUGAAGCAAAUACAAGAGAAUAGAAGCCAAUACAAGACAAGAGAAUCCAAUACAAGACACUAGAAGCCAAUACAAGACAAUAGAAGUCAGUACAAGCCACCAGAGGCAAAUACAAUACAGAAAAAGACAAUAGAUGACCUCAGUGCUAAAAGCACUUAUGUCACAAUAGUACCCAUUUUGAGAUAAUCCAUUUGAAAUAUUCUUUUUGUCUAUAAAAUUUGUUGAUUUCCUAUACGUUGGCUUGAAUCAGGGACUUUGGUACAUUUUAACGUGUUCAAAUUUCUGCAGUACAUUUGGCAAAAUUUGAUAAGAAAGGGUCACAUUUGAAUUAACUUUGACAAAACAACAACAACAACAACAACAACAAAAAACAUGGCUUAUGUACGUUUAGUCCUAGUUUUAAAAAGAUGAUAAAAAUAACCUAUAUCUCAAGGUUAGACAGCUACGAAUACAAUUCCCAUCACGUUAAAAUUUAAAGCAAGGCCCAACCAGCAUAAUAGAUAACACUUGACUUAGGCUUUUUAUAUCUGUUGAUAGGUAACACAAGACAUAGGCCAUUUAGAUCUAUUGAUCGAUACGGUCUUUGAAACAAGCUUAUUAUAAAUGUCAUGUUCACCACCUUAUUUCCCAACAAACGAAAAGAAACAUUCCUCGCUAAUUCAGAAUCUUGUCCACAGAAUUUAUUCGUGACCCAUGCACCAACUUUCAUUGUCAAAAUGGCGGACACUGCACUGCCCCCGCUGAUGCCCCAUAUUGUGUGUGUCCAUCCGCCUUCACAGGAACUCACUGCCAGGAUGUAAUAGUUUAAUUAGAGGGUUACCGAGAAAGCUUGAAGUUCUCGUACUUGAUGAUCGCGUGGACGUCUUGCCUUGAUGUCAAUAAACAAUGCUUUCGUUAAA